AUGGCUUUGCUUCCCAACAUAACUGAAGAACUACAAGACACCAUCGCGGGCCUCGACUGGUCGAGCGACAAUGAACCCUCACUGCCUCAACUUGGACAACCUGAUAUCCGCCAGAUACCUUGGCGUUCUGACUUCGACAGUGUGGUCGCUCAAGUAAUAGACCAGGCAAGCCCUCUGCUCAAGGAGCAUGAGCCGAAGCCCAUGAAUUAUGUCCCAACUGCUCUAUUAAUUCAAACUGGAGGGUUGCUUGACUCGAGGGCCCGUUUUAGCAUCAUCGUCAAGCGGGAUAAAGAGAGUUGUCCAUCCUUGACCAACACGUAG